CCGCGGCGACGCCAUACGCGACCGGGCUGCUACUGGCCGCGGCGCUGCUGUGCGUCUCGGCGGGGCCGCUGCACGGCAGGCUGCGGGCCGACAGGAGGGUGAGGAUGGUGUAUGCAGGCGCGGGCGCGGGAGCCGCCGGGAAUGUGGGAGUCGCGGGUGUGGGCGGCAGCGGCGCCUCUGGCCAGCAGCAGCAGCAGCAGCAGCAGGAAAAGCAGGAGCAGGAGCAGGAGCCGGGGUCCUAUACAGGGGGCAGCGGCGGCGGCGGCGCACAAGGCGGGGAGGGGCCUCGCCAAGGCGACGGCUCGAGGGGGCCGCCGCCGGCCUCGGCGGCGGCGUGGGGGCGGCGGCGGGACGCCGGGCAUUCCGGUCGUCCGGUGGGGCACCCCCGCGGCGGCUCCGCCCCCUGGGGUCUGCGCCUGGUGCGCCGACCGCUGGCCGCCGCUGCGGCGGCCGCGGCGGCGCUCCCUCGCGUGCCGCGGGCUGUGCGGCGGCCGUGGCGCGCGGGCGCACCGGCAGCCGCGCAGGCGGGCGGUGCCGGCGUUCGUGCCUUGUAA